CUAAGUUUCUUUAAAUCGAGAGAUAUGUCCACUAGAGCUUCUAGUUCAAGAAGAGAAAUGGACCUGUCUGUCUUCUUCUUUUUCUCCUUCCUCUUAACUCUCACUGCUUUUGUGGAAGCCGCUGGCCGUGGGGUUAACAACGAUAAUAACAAAAAUGGAGGAUUAGGAGCUUCGUUUAUAUUUGGAGAUUCUCUAGUGGAUGCAGGAAACAAUAACUAUCUACCGACCUUGUCUAGGGCCAAUAUGAAGCCUAAUGGUAUCGAUUUCAAAGCUUCGGGAGGAAACCCAACCGGUCGGUUUACUAAUGGCCGGACCAUUGGUGACAUCGUUGGGGAAGAACUCGGAUCAGCAAACUAUGCUAUUCCAUUCUUAGCACCAAACGCUACCGGAAAAGCUUUACUGGCCGGUGUAAACUACGCGUCUGGAGGAGGAGGAAUCAUGAAUGCAACCGGAAGAAUCUUUGUGAACAGGUUAGGCAUGGAUGUACAAGUAGAUUUCUUCAACACCACACGUAAACAAUUCGAUGAACUACUUGGAAAAGAGAAAGCAAAAGAGUAUAUAAGCAAGAAAUCAAUAUUCUCCAUCACUAUCGGAGCCAACGACUUCCUCAACAACUAUCUAUUCCCUCUUCUCUCCAUUGGAACACGGCUCACUCAAACUCCUGAUAAUUUUAUCGACGACAUGAUCGACCAUCUUCGCGACCAACUAACCAGGUUGUACCAAUUGGAUGCGAGAAAGUUUGUGAUCGGGAACGUUGGACCUAUCGGAUGCAUACCGUACCAGAAAACGAUUAAUCAACUAAACGAAAAUGAGUGUGUGGACCUUGCUAAUAAGCUAGCAAAUCAAUACAAUGUUCGACUUCAGAGUUUAUUAGAGGACCUAAACAAGAAGCUUCCUGGAGCAAUGUUCGUGCAUGCCAAUGUCUACGAUCUCGUCAUGGAACUCAUUACUAAUUACGAAAAAUAUGCCUUGAGCUAUUGUGUAGGGUUCAAAACGGCGACAAAAGCUUGUUGCGGUAAUGGAGGACAGUUUGCGGGAAUAAUACCUUGCGGACCGACAUCGAGUAUGUGCGAGGAAAGGGACAAGUAUGUGUUUUGGGAUCCUUAUCAUCCUAGUGAAGCAGCAAAUGUAAUCAUCGCUAAGCAAUUCUUGUAUGGUGAUAUUAACGUCAUCUCUCCUGUUAAUCUUAGCAAGCUUAGGGAUAUAUGAUUUGAUUGUUUGGAGAUUCUACACUUCAUUUCUUGCAUUUACGUUUCUUAUAAGCAAAGUUAAAACCGAUGUUUGUAUGUAUAUGUGUUGUGGCUUUUAAGUUUAGUGACAAGAUGUGAUAAAUUUUUUAAAAAAUCU